AUGGCUUUGUCGGGAUAUUUGGAUUAUGAAAUUGUGCGAGCGGGGGCCAGCUCGAAGCUGUCAAAGCUGUCGAGGCUGCUGUACCAGUCGAAUAAGACAAGGCUGUUCUGGGCCAUUGCUGGUGCGCUGCUAAUCGUGAUGUUAAUAUUUUCUAGUGGAUGGCAUCUCAUUUUUGGACCUCCUGAUUUCUCUGUGCAGCAUCCUACGCAGCCUGUAACUAUGCUCGCGCAGGGUGAGAUAUCCCCCCUCCUCAAACCCUAUUCGCCCAAGAUGAACAAAAAUGGCACAUUCGCUAGUGGAGUUAAGAAGACGACCCCAAACUUCUAUCUCAUUAUCCGGGGUAGCUGGAACGAUACCAGAAUUUGCAGGACACUAUUCACAUCCAUGAUUCUUAACUACCCACCGCCUACGGCUGUUUAUCCGGACGAUUCAACACCGAAAGAAGGGCAGGCAGAGCAGAGCGAAUUAGAUACGGCUCUAGUCAUGUACAAUUAUCUCACAAAGAGCAACCAUAUGAAGGAUGACGAUAUCCUUUUGAUUGUCGACAAUGACAUUUGGUUCCAGCUUCCACCCGAAGUCAUGCUUCAACGCUUCCAUGAAAUGCUGAAAAAAAGUAACGAACAUUUGCGGCAAAGGUACGGUUCUGUACUGCGGAAUAUCGGGAAAGAGGCGGACAUAAGCGUCCUCACAUCAACUCAAAAGUACUCCCAACGCAUAAUCUUCGCCGCCGAUAAGAUCCGUCGCCCAGACUACGCAUACGGUGUUUCAGGCCUCGCAGUCCUGAAUUCCACCCUGGCACCGGACAUCCAUGGCCCGGAAACCGAUUCUGGUAAAAAUACAAUCCAGAGUCGAUCGAGAUGGUUAAACGCAGGCUCCCUCAUCGGCUUAGUGGGCGAUGUGAAACUCUUGUAUAAACGCGCAGCGGAAAUAAAUUCCAAAAAUGUCACACCAGUCGACGAGCAGACAGUCCUUUCCCAAAUAUUCAAAGAACAGGAAUAUGUCCGAGAACUCGACAGAAGCAUCUCUCUACCCAACUGGUACACUAAAUUAGGUAGAUUACUCGGUAUCCUCCCCCGUGUCAACAUCUCGAAUAUAUUCGUAAAUACAGAUCCAGGUCGCCGCUUCGAAUACUCUAUCGGCCUAGACUACAAAUCCAACCUCUUCUUUACCGCCUCCCACGCAGAAUCAGACUUAGAAUGGCUAACAUACAACAACAUCUCCCGACUCAACUCCCCCAAACUGACCCAAAGAGUACCCAACAAAGCCCCCCUCUAUUUACCCAAGGAUAUAUCCCGGUAUACCAACCCGUUCAAUCCGCCUGACCCAUUGAUAAAGGAACUAAUGCCCCCCUACAACGAAACGGUCGAUUACCUACCAGACCCCCAAAACACCACCUGGCACGCCAUCCCGCUCGCCACAAACGUCCUCUCAGCUUCCAUUCCCACCUUGCUCUGCACAAAUCCAGACAACACAACCAUGACCAGCGACACUCUCCACGCCUGGUGGGAUAACAUGUGGUACCACCCGUACUCCCGCCGCGCUGCUGCCGCGCAGGAGGCGGAGAAGGCGCUCUUUGGCUGGCCCGGAGCGACGUGGAAUGUGCGUGGCGGCAAGGGGGGUCUGUGGACAGAGGAUAAUUUGUGGAUGGAUUGGUCGAGGACGUGUAAAGGGGUUGAGGAGCAGGUGUUUGGGGAUAAGUGGGGGUUGUGGGGUGAGGAGUUGGGGUUUGAUUAUCAGGCGCCGGUUUUUAAUAAGUUUGGGCUGCUGGUUAAGGGGAAGGAGCGGGCCGAAGGGGAGGAUGGCAGGAAUCGGGGGAAGAGACGGAAGAGGGAUGGGAGUGGGUAG